AAUCGAAAGAUAUACACUGUUUUGGCGCAAGUCCUAUAAUUUCAUUUUCCUAUUUAAUGUUUGUGUGUCAAAAAUUGCAAUUAAUCACAUAAUAAUUAGCUCGUGUGCACCUAUAUCCGCAUGAUUUGAGUGAAAAUUUGUACACUCAAAAGUUGCAUUAAUUGUAUAUUGGGUACAUUUAGAAAAUUGAUUUUAACAGUUUUGAAAUAUCUUGUAGGCGUUACCAUGCCAAAACGCAAACAUCCUGUGGAGACAAGUGAAGGUACUAGAGCAAAACAUAAACCACAGGCUGAACCAAUCGAUUACCAAAGACUUGCGCAAGAAAUUGUUAAAUUGCAAAAACCCAACUCUGAUGCAUCAAGCAGUACAGUGGUACCCCUAGAAAAUGCUGCAUCUGCUACAUAUGCAAACACCGUCAAUGAGUUACCUGCACCAACGACUGCUUCUUCGUCUAUGCAAGAUAACCCUAUAUUGUCAGUUGUAUCUCAACUUUUAGAAAACACAGGUGAGCCAGUAGGCACAAACAAAGGUUUCUUCAAUUCUGAUAAUCUUAUCUCUGUAACAGAAGGUAUUCCUCUUGGUGCGACAAUACCACAAAAGAUAAAGGCAAAAAUUUGGUCGAAUGAAUUUUUUGAUUUAAAAGUAUUAUUGUCGCACCAAGAUGAAGAACCUCUUAUGUUGUGCAUUACUCCAGGGGUCAUUAAUGUGCAGCAAAGUUUAAAAUCAAAAACCCCCAUGUUCAUCAGUCAGUGGACUGAUUCCUUUCUUAUCUUUAUUAACAUUAGAAUUCAGAAACACCCAUCAGAAACUCCCCAUUUAUUAAAAUACAUGAGCUUUAUUAGAGAAAUGCAAAGACUGCAUGGGGAUGUUGCUUGGAGAUCAUAUGACGAAUCUUUCAGAAAGUUUAGGGAGUCUUUGGCUGUAGAUUGGCAAAAACCUAUUGAAGAAUUAAGAGGUAAAUGUAUUGCCAUGUCCAACAUUUGCAGUGAAAAAUCUUACUAGUAUUAUUGAUUUUGUUGGUUUGAACCCUGCUCUAUACAAGGGUCACAGCUUCAGGAUAGGGGCAGACACUCAUGCAGCACAUUUGGGUUAUUCUGAAAACCGCAUUCAAUAAAUGGGAAGAUGAAAAUCUGAUGCUAUUUGCAGAUACACACGUUUGUCAAGCUUUACAUUUUGAAUAUGUAUAGCAAAUGCUAUGUAUAUAUAUUUUUCUUGUAAGAUUUUCACAGUUCAGAAGUUAACUGCUGUGUAUUAUAAUUGUAUCUGAUAUGCAUUGUUUGUGUUUUUAAUUCAAUGCAUAGAUUUGUUGUAUGUCAAAAUUCAGUUCUCAUCACAAUUCCCUAUCAUUUGUCUUAUAUUGGACAUUAUUCAAAGUGUGAUUCAUGUAUAACAUUUAUCUAUACUAUGUGCAUGAUGUGGUUACACAUAACAUAACACAGGUCAGAAGUAAACUGAUGUGUUUAUGUGCUGUAUAUUUUUUUUUUAACCAUUGUCUCUGUUGUUUGAUUUUGUCAUUUGAGUAACAUAUGUGCCUACUGGUUCAUCUGAAAAUGUUUGAUUACAUGUAUAUCUGUCUUUAAAACAUGUUUGAUAGUAUAACAAACUUUUAACAUGUAUAUUAUAUAGCGGCUGUUAUUUUAACACAGGGCAGAAGUCAACUGAUGUGUUUAUACUUGCAAGGUAAUUAAAAAUAAGAUGUUCCUAGUGGUAUUCAAACUGGUUUGGUUAAUCUGUGCCUUCAUGAUAUAUUAAUAUCUAUAUCUCCAUAUAAGGCAGGGGUAAGUCAUUGCCAUAUGUGUUGUAUGUACUGCCAUAUUUCAUUUGUUGACUACCAUGAUCUGGCUAGUCCACUUUGUGUGGGGUCUUUUUGUGCAAACCUGCUGUUUGCUUUUGGUGGCUGUUUUUGUUCAACAAUAUUUUUGUUGCAUGUAUAUUUGGUACAUGUUAUAAUGUAUACAUCUUUGUUUAAUAUGGGGGAGGUCAUUUGCUCACCUCUUAUAACUUACAUUCAAUGUCUGGUAAUGGAUAUUAUGACUGUUUGAAGACCUCCCCUUAUUGCCUAAUUUUUCUUAUUAGCAAAAAUAAAUGGCAGUACAUACACACAACCAAGUUUUAUAUUUUUCUAUCAAUCCUAGACAGAUCAACAAUAUUACAUAAUACAGCAUUAUUGUAAAUAAUAGCAUUUAUGUAAAUUGUGAUAUGUUAUUUUUAUGCUGGUACCAAAAAUAGUAGUCUAGUCGUAAUAUAAUUGUAAUUCUAAUUUUUGAGUACUUUUGAGUAUUUAGCUGAUCUUCCUUUUUGUCUACAUUAGCCAAUCAGAGUGCGGCAUUUAGUCGCGCGAUGUUUUGACUACGUCACUUUAACUGUCAGCUGUCAACAAGUUUGUAAACACCGCAGUCAACCCACCCUCCUUCCCCUUCAUCACCAUUGUAGUUGGGGAUUUAUUUUGCAAUGUAUUACACAUGUUUGUUGCUGUUGAUGUAUGAAAUGCUGUUUUUGUUCAACAAUAUUUUUGUUGCAUGUAUAUUUGGUACAUGUUAUAAUGUAUACAUCUUUGUUUAAUAUGGGGGAGGUCAUUUGCUCACCUCUUAUAACUUACAUUCAAUGUCUGGUAAUGGAUAUUAUGACUGUUUGAAGACCUCCCCUUAUUGCCUAAUUUUUCUUAUUAGCAAAAAUAAAUGGCAGUACAUACACACAACCAAGUUUUAUAUUUUUCUAUCAAUCCUAGACAGAUCAACAAUAUUA